GACUUCCGGCGCCGCCAUCGUGACGUCUUUUGCUUGUGCCGGCACUAUCCGGCCCGGUGGUAAAGGCUCCGGGACCCGGGCGGGUCUGCUUCCCACGCGGCUCUUCGGAACCGAGGAAGGAAGGACGAUAAUACGCGCCUUUGUUGCCCUCCAUGAGCGCCGUCGUGGGGCCGGCUGCCUUGCGCGCAAGUGUCCCCUGGAGCUGCGCCCUUCCCGAGGCCUUCGCGUCCGCGCUCUGUCCCCGUACGCCCCCGGCCGCGGCGCCCUAAGCCUGUGCGUACCUUCACUCAGGGGCGACGGGUCGGAGGGCGGCCCGAGGUCUCCCCGCCUAGUGGACCUCCGGGGUUCUGGCUGAGCCCGCAGGGCCUGCUCGGUUUGCCCGCUUCUCACGACCCGGUUCUGUUAGCGGGGUCCGGUGGCGGCCCUGGCGCUGAUGGACGGGGCUCAGGGCUGUGUGACCUUCGAGGAUGUGUUUGUGUACUUCUCCCGGGAGGAGUGGGAGCUCCUUGAGGAAGCCCAGAGACUCCUGUAUCGUGAUGUGAUGCUGGAGAACUUCACACUUGUGGCCUCGCUGGGUUGUUGGCGUGAAACAGAUAAUGAGGAGACUCUUUCUGAGCAGAGCAUUUCUGUGGGAGUGUCGCAGCUCGGGACUCCCGAGUCGGGUGCAUUUAUCCAGAAAGCCCACCCAUGUGAGGUGUGUGACCCACUCUUAAAAGACAUCUUGCACUUGGCUGAACACCAGGGAUCACAGCCCUUGCAGAGACUGUACGCACGUGGCCCAUGUGGGAGAGGAUUCUCGAUCAGUGCAGACUUUCACCAGCACCACAAGCGAUACAGUGAAGAGGAUCUCUUCAGAGCGGAUGCUGGUGGGGCCUCACACGGGAAGAACUGUGCAGCCCACAUGUUAUGGAAACCCCUUACUUGCAAGGAGGAAGGGAUGGACUUGCUGGACAUCUCUGGUCUCUUCCAUUGCCAGACCGCUGGCAGUGGGAUGAUUCCACACAACAGGACCGAGUUCAUGGCAACUUUCCCACACAGCACCAGUCUUGGCCCACACCAGGGAGACCAGGAUGGACUGGUGCUUUUCAGCUGCACUGACAGUGUGAAGGGCUUCCUGAAUACCUUUACUCUCCGUGACAACCAGGUAAUUCGUACUGAAGUAAGACCCUGUAGAUGCCAACCGUGUGGGAAUCUCUCCAAGGAGAAAUCAGCACUUAUUAAUCACAGGAAAGUUCACAGUGGAGAAAUAUCACAUGUGUGUAAAGAGUGUGGGAAGGGUUUCAUUCACUCGUCUCACUUAAAAAUGCACCAGAAAUUUCACGCUGGAAAAAGACAUUACACAUGCAGUGAGUGCGGGAAAGCCUUCAGUCGGAAAGACACACUUGUUCAGCACCAGAGAGUUCACACUGGAGAAAGGUCUUACGACUGCAGUGAGUGUGGAAAGGCCUACAGCAGAAGUUCCCACCUUGUUCAACACCAGAGAAUUCACACUGGCGAAAGGCCUUAUAAGUGCAGUGAGUGUGGAAAAGCCUUCAGCCGCAAAGACACACUUGUGCAGCACCAGAGAUUUCACACGGGAGAGAGACCUUACGAGUGCAGUGAAUGUGGGAAAUUCUUUAGCCAGAGCUCCCACCUUAUUGAGCACUGGCGGAUUCACACUGGGGCAAGGCCUUACGAGUGCAUUGAAUGUGGAAAGUUCUUUAGCCAUAACUCGAGCCUCAUUAAACAUCGGAGGGUGCACACAGGAGCAAGGUCUUACGUGUGCAGCAAAUGUGGGAAAGCUUUCAGCUGCAAAGACACUCUUGUUCAGCACCAGAUAAUUCACACCGGCGCAAGGCCUUAUGAGUGCAGCGAGUGUGGGAAAGCCUUCAGCCGUAAAGACACUCUUGUGCAACACCAGAAAAUCCACACUGGAGAAAGGCCUUAUGAGUGUGGUGAAUGUGGGAAAUUUUUUAGCCAUAGCUCCAACCUUAUUGUACACCAGAGAAUUCACACUGGAGCGAAGCCUUAUGAGUGCAGUGAAUGCGGAAAAUGCUUUAGCCACAAUUCCAGCCUCAUUCUACACCAGAGAGUUCACACUGGCGCAAGGCCACAUGAGUGCAGUGAAUGUGGGAAAGUUUUCACCCGCAAGCAUAAACUUGCUGAGCACCAGAAAAUCCACAGCGGCGAAAAGCCUUAUGAGUGCAGUGAAUGCGGGAAAGCCUUCAGCCGCAAAGACAAAGUCGUUGAACACCAGAAAAUCCACACUGGAGAGAGGGCUUUUGAGUGGAGAGAAUGUGGGAAAUUCUUUAUGGACAGCUCCUCACUCAUUAUUCAUCAGAGAGUUCACACUGGAGAAAGGCCUUAUGAGUGCGACCAAUGUGGGAAAUUCUUUAGGUACCGCUUCACACUCAUUCGACACUAGAGAAUGCACACUGGAGAAAGGCCUGAUGAGUGCAGCAACGGAGGAAGGCCUUCAGUUGCAGCUCCACUCUCACUGGAUGUCAGGCAGAUCACAGUGGAGAAAGGCCUUCUUACUGUAGCAGGUGUGGGAAGUUUCUGUGCUACGACUCCAGUCUCACUGCACAACGGAGAGUUCACACGGAUUUGAGAGUCCUUACGAGAACUGCGAAUGUGGGGACAUCUUCACUCACAGCUCUGGCCUCGUUAAACACUGUCAAGUUUGCAGCAGCGGAAAAAUGCCUUAAGAGUGCGGUGGAUGUGGGAGAGUCUAGCGAUUUAUGUCAUUUUACACUAAUUUGCAUUUCUUUAAUUUUUCUAUAUAAUUGGAAUCCUACAGACUACUUUUGCACAGCUGCUUUUCAUUCAAUUUUUGUAUAAAUGGACUCCUAAAGUGUAUCCUCGUACAGCUAAUUUGAGAUUUAUCCCUGUUGUGUCCAUUCUUUUUUAUCACUGAGUGGUCUUCCAUUGGCUGUGUUAUGACACAGUGUGUUUAUCUUGCUGACCUACUACCAGAACGGAUGUUAUACAUAAAUACCUGAGAAGGGGGUGUCGCUCACAGCUGAAUAAUUAACUUUUAAGAAUUGGCCAA